CCCGAACCAAAAACGUAUUCAUAUUAGAUUUCCGAUCUCCGCGGCGCGCGAGGCCGAGCGUAUACGUUCGCGAUACUUUAUUCUCCCUGCGAGUGCGACUUCGAACACUGUCAAAUAACGGAGGUGAAAUAUACCCCGCGUUGUGUGAUCCCCGCUCUUACGAUGAAUUUUUGUUUGGUUUUCGCCCUGUUCGGAUAUUUUUUUGCGUGGAGCUCUGGAAUGCUGUACCGACGGGACUCCAAUAAUGUGCUGAAGCCGGAUCUGAUGGCUAUAUCCUCGACCGUGGUGCCGCUGCCCAUCUACAGAGUAUUCGACUUCGAGAACAAACUACCCCAGGACAAGAAAAAGACACGACCACACGGAAAAGUUGAACUAGUCACCAAAUCAAAAGAAUAAAAAUUCAAUAGACUAAAUGUGGUUACCUACACUCUAUUUCAUUUGCGCCGAGAAAACGAAACACGAACAGUUUAUGAAAUUACUUAGGUUCUAAGAAAAAUAAGAAAUAAAUUCCUGUAAGUACA